AUGGUCUUUCCAUCCAUUGCUCUGCCAUCCUUCACGGACCUCCACCCUUCCCUCGCCUCCCCACCCUCGUCAGACUCUGACAACGACUCAGUGGACACCCAAACCAGCGGGUCUUCUGCCUCGUCUGCCAAGCUUGUCGACGCGAUCACAAGCCAUGUGCUCCUAGCCUCCAAAGACUUGAGGCCAGAGGUUCUUAUGCCUCUCUUCGACAAGCAUUCUGAAAACGGCUUAUUGUCCGUUGUCGUUGCCACGCCAGGGCCGCUCGACGCCGCUUUUGGUUUCGCACAGGCCAGUAUGGGGGUCACUCCCACAGCCUGGUGCGCCGAUAAUAUGUCAGUGACGCAUUAUUAUUCUGCGUCAAGUGAAAGUAAUGCUACUUUAUCCGCUUUGAAGCCAUUUAUCACAACUAGUCCUGCACAUGCGACCCAUUUGCUCGCCUUCACCAUGGCCAACCUACGCUCCGUCCUUUCCAUGACCUCGACCUGCGGCGAUUAUAAUAUUUACGUGCUUGAGCGACCCACUGUCGUCUUCCCUCCGGCGUCACGCACCCCAUCGUUUAGUCCCUCGUUCAGAUUUGCUACAACCGGCAAUAUUCCGACAGUCGAGGAGUGGAAAACAUUAUGGCGCGCGUGGGAUCUUGUUACCUUGCAGAUGAUUCCGCCAGAGAUGCUCCUCCAAAAACCUAUCGAUCUGCGUCACAAAUGUCUUUUUUACAUCGGCCACAUUCCUACUUUCCUUGACAUGCUCCUUUCGAAAGCCAUCGGCGGUUCGCCUACAGAACCUGGGUAUUUCUGGAAUAUCUUUGAGCGGGGUAUAGACCCCCAUGUCGAUGACCCCGACCAUUGCCAUAACCAUUCAGAAGUCCCUGAAUGCGAUGAAGACUGGCCUACUAUCGAAACCAUCAUGUGCUUCAGAGAUGGCGUUCGGAAGCGUCUCUUGCGACUCUAUGAAGACAUGAGCACUGGCAAAGUUGCCCUGACGCGUAACAUUGCGCGGACACUCGUCAUGACCUUGGAGCACGAGGGUUGGCAUGUGGAGACUUUACUAUAUAUGCUGAUCCAGAGGGCCGGCACGGGUACCCUUCCUCCUACAGGAUUUGCGACUCCACCCUGGCAACUGUUAAAACAGCAAUGGGAUGCAACACCGAAGCCUACCAGCGAAUCGGUCACACUGGGCCCUUGCACGAUAACACUCGGCCAUCACGAUUCUGAGGGAGAAGACUUCCUCCCAGAGCUUGAAGCAGAAGGUCACGAGUAUGGCUGGGACAACGAGAGUCCUGCUCGUCAAGUCCAUGUCGGCCAGUUCAGGGCGUCAUGGCGUCCAGUGACAAAUCGCGAAUUCUUCACUUUUUGGAUGAAGGGCAAGGCAGAUCUUCCAAAGAGUUGGGUGGAGGAUCAGGGAGAAGUCCAGGCAAGUCGUUCAAUUGGAGUUCGUACCGUAUAUGGACUGGUACCACUGGAUGUGGCUGCAGAGUGGCCCGUCCUUACGACAUAUGAAGACCUCGAGGCUUAUGCCAAAUCGAAGGGUGGUAGAUUGCCAACCGAGUCUGAGCUCCAACUCUUCUUAGACAAAUUCGACGUGGGUUUUGAAGGAGGCGCUAAUACUGGUUUCCGCAACUGGCAUCCUGUACCUGCAACAACCGGACUGGAGAGUUCACAAGGGCGGGGAACAAAUGGCGGUGUUUGGGAGUGGACAUCCACAGUAUUCGACACGCACGACGGGCUGAUACCAACACAAUUAUUCACGGGUUAUUCCCAGGACUUCUUCGACACCAAGCACCAGACGGUGCUCGGUGCAUCCUAUGCCACAAUUCCACGUCUUGGUCGACGAACGGUGCGAAAUUUCUGGCAGCGGGGGUAUGGCUAUGCGUGGGUCGGUGCACGGAUCGUUUGGGACAUUUGA